GCCAUUGUCGGCUGUAAGGGGAAGACAGACGGAGGGGGUUAGUGGGAAUAUUUGUUUUUAUUGCCGGGGGUUCUUCUUUUUUUAAACAAAAAAAAAAACUAAAGAAAUAAAACACUUUUUGUGUUUUGAGUUGGUGUGACCUGCUCCUCAUUUCUUCGGCAACCAUGGCGUGUGGAGCUACAUUAAAGCGGUCGAUGGAGUUCGAGGCCUUGCUCAGCCCCCAGUCCCCGAAGCGACGGAGGUGCAACCCGCUGCCGGGCAGCCCGGCCACUCCGUCCCCGCAGAGGUGCAACCUCCGGGCGGCUACGGACAGCCCGCAGCACUCGAUACCGCCUCAGCCGAUGGGAGGAGAGCACAGGCUUACCCCAGAACAGAUCUUUCAGAACAUCAAGCAGGAGUACAACCGCUACCAGAGGAGACGUCAGCUGGAAGUCGCUUUCAACCAGAGCGAGGGCUGCAGCUCCAGUGACGGGCCGUCCCACGCCACGGUCCUCCCCGCGCCCAGCUCGCCCCCAGGUGCCUCCUCAGUAAAGAAGGACCAGCCCUCAUUCACACUGCGACAGGUCAGCUUCCUCUGCGAACGCCUUCUCAAAGACCAUGAGGAGAAGAUUCGUGAAGAGUACGAACAGAUCUUAAACUCCAAACUUGCAGAACAAUAUGAAUCUUUUGUGAAAUUUACACAAGAUCAGAUAAUGCGGCGAUAUGGGGCAAGGCCAGCAAGUUAUGUCUCUUGAAGAACUCUGUCAAUCAGUAGGUACCAGCUUUCACCUCAAGAUGGCUGCUGUACUUUUUUUUAAAUUUCUUUUUACAUUUUUCCAAACUGUUUGGUGCCAUGGUUUAUCCACGUUUUAAUCCCUGGAAGAAUUACUUCACAACUUUUUUUUUCUGCUGGCCCACAUUAAGAAAAAGGAAAUCGUUCUUGAUUUACUCUUUGAUUUUUUUUUUGUACAAUUCCCCAACGCUGAAGCUCUGCUCCUGUGACCGUUCUGUAUUACCCGUCAAACUUCUCCAUGGUUUUUGCUGCAGCAGCUAAGAAAACCCUGCCUUUUUUUGUACGUGGUCCUUGAAACGUGGAUUUUUUUUUCAAAUAAACUUCUGCGAUAGUCACUUUUUAUGUAGAUAAUUCAUUUUUGGAUUCUGUAUUUUAGUGCACUACAGUUGUUUGUACAGUUUUCUUUUCAUUGUCCCAGGAUGCAGAAUACUAUAUAUCAAGACAAUUGAAGUUCUUCAACUGAAUGAUUGUUUUAAUGCUGUAGAAUACCUAACUGAACUCUAUGGAAUAAGCAUACCAGGGUUUAGUGCUUGCUAUAGGUAAAAACUGAUCCAUGACCAUUAGGCCCACCUGUUUUUCUGAAGCCACUCCAGGAACAGUCAGCACGUUAUGCCUAUGGAGUGUUUUACGUGUUACCAUUAACUGCAGAAUAUCAGUGGCAAAGUAAGACUGUUGAUUGUCUUGAACUUGCAUAUAAACCCUUUAAUACCAUGCUAUAUACUGUACAAGAAAACCAAAAAUGAGUAAAACCGGCAUGAUUUUAAAGCAUUGUCCAUUGUACAGGGGUACUGCAGGUUGAAUGGGCUGUUAUUAAAGGGACAAUUUGAAUGUACCCACUAGGAGUGUGUGAUGAAACUGCAUGACUUGGCAAGGUGGAAAUGACUGGCUCUAGAAAAACACAUUUGUACAGGUUUUUUUUUAAGCUUCUCGCAGGGAAUCGUGUAAUUAUGACAACGAAACUUGACAGACCUAAAUAUAAAACAGCUGUGAACCCAGUCAUCUGGAUGUUUGUAUAGUUUUUUUGUUACUUUGAUUUUCUUUACAUUUUACAUAUUAAUUGAAUGUCAUUUCUACUUAGAUAUAGGUUAGAAUGUAUCAGCACAGAUCAAUUAAAAAAAAAAGCACAACCUGCUUUUUUUUGGAAGAGUACAUGCCAGCAGCAUGAGUUUUCCUUAAGCAGUGGGUCAUAGCCUCACUGGUUUAGAGAAAGUGGUUGGACUUCAUCAUAAUGUUGAAUGUAUGCAAGAAACUAACUUGUACACUUCAAUUAAAACAUUAUGAGCUGUUUUAUAUCUGAGCCAGCAUUGGAGGAACGUUUCAAGUUAAGAUAAAAAAAGCCCUAGUUAAGGAUAACUAAAAGAGACAGGUUAUGAGAUAUUUGCCACAGAGCAAGGAACUGUUAGAGGACCACAUUGUCAUAGCAAUGCCUUCUGUCUGAAUGAUGCAGUAUUUUUCUUUUUUUUUUACUUAACUGACUUGUUUGAAUUGUCUCUGUAUGUAUAUAUACUUUAAAGCAUAUGUAAGUGGAGGAAAGUUGUCAUUUUGUAGGACUGCCAUUGCAUUUUUUGUAAAGCAGUUUCUUUGAUUGACAAAAGUGAUACAUGCUUACCAAUGAAUUGUUUUAGAGGACACCUUACCAAAAAAAAAACAGCAACAUUUUCUCUUUGUACAGAUCUUUCUUUUAUUGUGUAGUGUUAACAGGAUUAGUUGAAAAGAAAUAAAUUGAUUGAAAACAAAA